UCGGAGUCCAGUCAAUCUAUUUCCAGCUCUCGCAGCCUGGAGCAAUUUACACAAUGCCAACCUACGCUGUUAUUGGGUCCACUGGGAACUGCGGGUCAGCUUUGAUCCAAAAUCUCCUCAAAGCCCCCGAGAACAAGAUACAUGCCUACUGCCGCAACGUUGGGAAACUCCACAGGUUGCUUCCACAAGUUAUUGAUAGCAAACAAGUCCAAGUCUUCUCCGGCAGCAUCUCAGAUGUCGAUUUGAUGGAAUCGCUCGUGCGCGAUACGCAAGCGAUAUUCAUGGUGGCUACAACCAAUGAUAACGUCCCAGGAUGUCGGAUCAGCCAGGAUAGCGCAGCAUCGGUUAUCGCUGCGCUGAAGAACAUCAAAGCCAAAACCUCCCCUGGGUACAAGCCUCCGACACUUGUGCUUCUCAGCUCUGCUACACUUGAUGAUUACCUUAGCCGGCAUAUGCCCAAAUGGUUCCGCCCCAUCAUGCGUGCUGCCGCAUCUUACGUUUAUGAGGAUUUGAUUGUCACGGAGAAGAUGAUGCGUGAGCAAUCUUCCUGGCUGUCCUCCAUUUUCAUCAAACCCGCUGGACUUUCACCCGAUAUUUCGCGCGGACAUCGCCUCACGUUGGACGAAGAAGAGAGCUUCAUCAGCUAUUUGGAUCUGUCAGCGGGAAUGAUUGAAGCGGUGCAAGAUCCAGAGGGCCGAUACGAAGGUAGAAAUGUGGGUGUUGUGAAUGCGACGAGGGGAGUCGGCGCUAAGUUUCCUUCGGGAACUCCCAUGUGUAUCUUUAUGGGCUUAACCAGACACUUUUUCCCAUGGCUGCACCCUUAUUUGCCUUCUGGUACAGGCCCAGCUUAG